AUGCUGUACGCGCCGUUCGCCUCUGAUAUAGAAUUGCCAUUCUACACUGCUCUCACAUCUCAAAAGAUAAAUCAUGACAAACUUGAUGACUCGGCUCGCCCAGUCCUGGGCCUUUAUGAGCUUCGGCCUACGGACGCUCCUAACGCCUCAUGUCGGAUGCAAAUACAUGGGAAUGCUCUCUCCAACGAUGAGACGCCAUCUGGAUACUACCGCGCCGAGGGAACAAUAAAGAAUGUCAACACCAUCGAAGAAUAUAUGAAUACCGACAGAGCACGUCUGCUUCAACAAUCCGGAGAUCUGGUAUCGAACGCCAUACGCGAUGGGAGUAUUUACUCUUGUCCUGCACUACUUUCUUCCUUCGUCAUUUUAUCUUACGCAGAUUUGAAAAAAUACAAGUUUCACUACUGGUUUGCAUUCCCUGCUCUGCAUUCGGAUCCCCCAUGGGUCUCUGCAGGCGAACCUGAGUCAGCUGCGGAGAUUUACCAGGAUCGGAGCCCAAUCGGACGCACAGGCGCUCUGUCAAAAAGUGAGACCAUGGCUCUUGUCGGUGCAAUCCAGACAUGGAGCUCUACUGUAGACAGCCGUCAGCGAGGCUUCUUCUUGGCGAGAAGAUUAUACGCCACCAAAAAUCGCGCCUGUCAUCAGGAAGGGCUCGGAAGUCGGAGUUCCGAGGAUACAGAAGACAUACAAAGGCCACAAUGGCAGAUCGCACCUCUCUCAUCUUUCGAAGAAGGGUUCUUUCAAGAAGCAAAUAGUGACGAUUGCUUUGUGGGGUUCGCAGAUCCCUCUAACUACGACAACGCGCCAGGCUGGCCGCUCAGAAAUCUGUUGUUCCUUGCCAAGCAGCGAUGGGGGCUCAACAAGAUUCGAGUGCUUCGAUAUCGUGAUGUACCGUCAGGCAGUGGUCAAUGCCGCAGCACCGUGCUGACACUAGAACUGAAAGAUGCAGUAGCAUCAAGCGCUGCCAGCCGCAGGGCUCCUUCAAUUGAUAUGCCGAAAGUUACAGGAUGGGAGCGCAAUCCUUCGGGACGGCUGACAGGACGGUUGGUUGACCUCACGGAAUAUAUGGACCCCAAGAAAUUGGCUGACCAGUCUGUUGACCUCAACCUCAAACUCAUGAAAUGGAGGAUUAGCCCUAAUUUGAACCUCGAGAAAACAAAAGCCACCAAGUGCCUCCUCCUAGGAGCAGGCACACUAGGCAGUUACGUUGCUCGAAAUUUAAUGGGCUGGGGCGUCUCUCGAAUCACUUUCGUUGAUAAUGGUUCCGUCUCGUUCUCUAACCCAGUAAGACAACCGCUCUUCAACUUUAAGGACUGUCUUGAAGGAGGGGCCAAAAAGGCACUUCGUGCUUCGCAAGCUCUAUCUGAGAUUUAUCCGGGAGUUGAAUCCGCAGGCUAUGUGCUUUCCGUGCCCAUGGUUGGACACCCUGUCAUCGACGUUGAAAAGACACGGGCAGACUUCGAGACACUGCGAGGGUUAAUUGAUGAGCACGACGUAGUAUUUCUUCUGAUGGAUACGCGAGAAUCCCGAUGGCUACCUACGGUCAUGGGCAAGGCGGCAGGUAAAAUUGUUAUGAAUGCAGCGCUGGGUUUCGAUUCCUUUGUGGUGAUGCGCCACGGAGUCAAACCAGAAAUUAAGGACUCGGAGCAACUAGGCUGCUACUUCUGCAACGAUGUCGUUGCGCCAAUGAAUUCCACCAAAGAUCAAACGCUUGAUCAGCAAUGUACUGUUACUCGACCUGGCGUGGCCGCCAUAGCGUCCGCCAUGCUGGUGGAGCUUCUCAUCUCCGUCAUUCAACAUCCGCUGGGUGCAGCAGCGCCGGCUCAAAAUUCACGGAAUCAUGACCAAGGAGACCAUCCACUGGGCCUUUUGCCGCAUCAAGUACGGGGGUUUCUGUCAACUUUUGAAAAUGUCUCGGUCGUAGGUAGGAACUACAAAUACUGUAGCGCCUGUUCAGACAACAUCGUCGAGACAUUUAAGAGGGAUGGCUGGAACUUCGUGCACAGAGCUUUGGACGAGCCUGGUUAUUUGGAAGAAUUGAGCGGACUGAAAGAAGUAGGUUAAGAUCUUAUAUGGUUUCAUCGAUACACUUUCGCCUGUAUCAGAUCACAAGAAUGAACAUGAACUCUAUGAAACUGACGCUGAACCAGGUCCAAGCAUCCGCGGAAGCAUCACUUGCUGACAUUGAGUGGGAUGAAGAUUCUGAUCAUGACGG